AUCCAUUUGUGUUUAUCUCUUGAAAAGCUAUGAAUGAUCCAGAGGCAAGCCCAAAAUCACUGUUUUGAACUUCUUCCAUUUUUGGCCAUGACAACACUGCUACAAAUUUCUAUCAAUCUUUCAGCCUUAAACACCUCACAUGAUGAUCGAAUUAAGAGACAGAGAUGUUGUGGGUUGAGAUUCUCAGAACCCAUUAACUGUCACUCUGUUUCGAGAACAAAGAUUGGUUCUCUGCAUCAAAGAAGGUUCAAAUUGGGGGUUUUUAGAGAGAGAUGGUCAUUCUUGGAAGUGGGUAGGGAUAAAGAUGGGAUUUUAGUGGGGGAGGAGGGGUGGAAGAGGAAGAAGAGGGUGGUUGUGGUUAAAUUCAAUCAAGGGUUUGGGUUUAAUGGUGGUGGUGGUGGGAGAGAUAAUAGCAGCACUGCUAGGAUUUUGGGUAAUCUUGCUUUGGCUGUUGGCUUGACUUAUCUUUCUAUGACUGGACAGCUUGGUUGGGUUUUGGAUGCAAUUGUCUCUGUUUGGCUCCUUGUAGUGAUUCUACCAAUUGUGGGUUUGGGAGCUUUUCUGUGGUGGGCAGGACGAGAAAUAGUUCAAAGCAGUUGUCCAAACUGUGGAAAUGAGUUUCAGAUUUUCAGAUCUGCUAUCAAUGAUGAUUUGCAGCUGUGCCCCUUUUGUACUCAACCUUUCUCUGUUGUAGGCAAUGAGUUUGUAAGGGAUCCUGUGACGUUCUCCAACCAAUCUACUACAUUUGGGGAAGCAUUUAAAAAUUUCUAUCCUCGCUCCAAGAAAGAAAAGGAUUUUUCUUCAGUUGUUGAUGUUGAAGCUGAAGUAAAAGAUGUCGAAUGAAGCCUUUGUAACACCCUAGUAUAUGAUGUAUUGUGUAGUACAUCCAAUCUCUAGUCAAAUAGCAUGUGAUGUAGUCACGUUCGUGUAUGAUCAAAAUGGACAUAGCUCUGGAAUCAACAAAACACAUAACGACGGAGAAGGCCUGUGUGCAUAGUGGUUCUAAAAUUAUAAUCUUUUCACACAAAAAAAAAAAUAUUCCCCAUUCCCCUAGUAUAUUAUUUGUUAAUAAAUUUCUCAUCAUUUGCUGUAGUCCCUUGUUCCCAUGUAUUUGUUUGGUCUAUAGGCGUAGAUUGAGAAAAUUUUGAGUUGUAACAAGGUUUUUGGCUGUAUGACAACAUUGUAUCAGUUUGCAAAAUAUACUUUAAAGUCCUUUAUAUCUUCGGGGUAUUCUAUAA